UGCCAUGGCGAUGUUAUCUGUGGCGCUUAAAGACUUUGUGCUCCUGACGGGCGGAGCAGAAGGCAGAGAGGAAUGCGAGUGAAACCUGCUCAGGGGCAGCCCUGGGUGUGUCUGCGGAACUACAGACAGACCAGAAAGAACAGGACUGCGCCGCCACGCCCUGUUCCACCUUUUCGAUUCGCUUUAAACCCAAACGAGCGGAGCAGAGUUUUCCAAAAACAAGUGGAAGCGAGGGAAAAUGUGCAACUAAUGAGGCAAAAAAGAGAGUGGAUUAUUCCCCCAGUAAAAGUACCAGAGAACGAGGACUACACAAAGAAGGAAUAUAUUGCCAAAAUUCGUUCUGACCAUGAGUCUGUAAAAAAAGUGUUCUACGAACUAAGAGGAAAAGGAGCUGAUCAAGAACCAUUUCACAUAUUUGUUGUUGAUAGGAACACUGGCAAUAUUAGAGUCACAGACAUCCUGGAUAGAGAGGACAUUGCUUUUUACAAUCUUACAGGUGUUGCAAUGGAUGCGUUCGGCAAUAUUGUGGAGACGGAUAUUGAACUCCGCAUUGCAGUUGAAGACAAAAAUGAUUGUUUCCCUGUGUUUAAAGAGAAUCAGAUGGGAAAAGUUGAAGAACUCAGCAAAGCAGGCACCUUUGUCAUGCAAGUAAUUGCUACAGAUGAUGACGACCCUGCUACAGACCACGCUAAAAUUAAAUACAGCAUCGUGAGCCAGUCCCCACCAGAGCCACAGAUGUUUUAUAUAGACGAAGACACAGGCAUGGUUUACGCUAAAACAAAUACCCUUGACAGGGAAACAGUAGACACGUACACUUUAGUUGUACAAGGCAGAGAUUUGAAUGGAAAGAUCACUGGCAAUGUCGGUCAGGGGACAGUUAAGAUUCAAGUCUUAGAUGUCAAUGAUAAUGUUCCUACACUGGAGAAAGAUGAAUAUUCUGCCAGUGUGGAAGAAAACACAGCUAAUGUUGAAGUCAUGAGACUGAAGGCCUUGGAUAAAGAUCUCGAAUUUACAGACAACUGGGAGACAGAGUUUGACAUUGUGUCAGGAAAUGAAGCAGGCUACUUCAGUAUCGUGAAGGACUCUCACACUAAUGAAGGCGUCUUAAUGCUGAAUAAGGAACUAGAUUACGAAACGAUGCAGAACCUCAACCUUGCUGUGGCUGUCAGAAACAAGGCAGAGUAUUCUGGUGCAGGUGCAGUAGGAUUUGGCUCUGGAUCGGGCUCUGGAUCGGGCUCUGGAUCAGGCUCUGGAUCAGGCUCCGGAUCGGGCUCCGGAUCGGGCUCUGGAUCGGGCUCCGGAUCGGGAUUUGGGUCAGGGAAGACCUAUCCUAUUAAAAUUCAAGUCAAGAACCAGCCUGAAGGUCCCAGGUUUAGUCCAAAGGUAAAGGCGAUCUCUGUUUCUGAGGGGAAAAAAACCCUCAACAUCAGCAAUGUGAUUGCAAAAUAUCCAGCCAUCAAUGGGGACACUGGGAAGCCUGCUGAGAGAGUCAGAUAUGCAAAGGCAUAUGAUCCUGACAACUGGUUGUCAAUUGAUGAAAAGACGGCAGAGAUCAAACUGAACAAGCUGCCAGACCGGGAGUCCAAACACUUAACUAACGGCACAUACUACGCAAAAAUAUUGGUUAUGACUGAUGAUAUGCCUUCCAAGACCGCCACCGGUACGAUUGCUCUCCAGGUGGAGGACCACAAUGACCACUGUCCAGUUCUGACCAGUACCUCCCAGGUUCUGUGUACCAAGAGCAAAGCUGUGUUUGUCACAGCAGAGGAUGGAGAUGCUGAUCCCAAUGGGCCUCCCUUUGAUUUCAAAAUCAUUCCUGAAGGUACCAAGGGCACGUGGAGAGUUGAAAAACUGAAUGACACCACUGCAAUCCUGCGAGCCCAGGAAAACCUGUGGCCUGGCCCAUAUGAAGUCGCUGUGGAGGUGAAAGACCAACAAGGACUAUCCUGUCCUGAUAAGCAGGUUGUCAAAGUUGACGUCUGCACUUGUAAAAAUAAUGAGGACAACUGUGCAAGUGUAAGAAAAACUACUGGUGCUGAAUUUGGUCCUGCAGGCAUUGGUCUGCUGCUUCUUGGACUUCUGAUGCUGUUGUUGGUGCCUCUGCUGCUGGUAUUCUGCUCGUGUGGCGGGCUUGGGGUUGGAGGAAAAGGAGGGGCUUUUCUUGACAUGCCUUUUGACACCAAAGAGCAUUUGAUUUCAUAUCACACAGAAGGACAAGGCGAAGACAAGGCGGUCCCGCCUCUGGAAGCUUACCAAGGAGGGUUCGUGCCUGGCGUGGGGAUGCUUGCUGCAGGUUCGAGAGGGUCGCAGACGGCGAUUGCAGGUGAAGGUGUCUUCGGCAAUGGACAGAGGACAAUUAGAAAGACGGCCGGGUUCGGCGUCAAUGCAGAGACUGAUGGCCGAGCUCUGGGAGACAUGAGUUACCAGCGGAACUCGAGCAUUCGCAACUCCAGGUCUGAAGUCCGGGAAAGUUACCAUGAUGGAAUUGCACUCCCUGACGCUUAUUUGGAAGAGUACUAUAUGCAGAAGUCCAUGUGCGUGGCCGAGGAAGACCAGAUUCAGAAAGAUGGCUUACUGAUUUAUGACUUUGAAGGACGAGAAUCCCCUGUGGGUUCAGUGGGAUGCUGCAGUUUCAUUGAAGGAGAUGAUGAUUUGGAGUUCCUGAACGACCUGGGACCCAAGUUUAAGACCCUUGCUGAGAUCUGCACGAGUAAAGAAAUGAAAUCGGAGGUUUUGGUCCCUCCUGCCAUGCCUACUGUCCAGGAUGUGGCUGUAACUCGCACAGAGAUCAAGAGAGAAAACACUGUGACAACUGAUGCUGUGAGACCUCAGCCCAGCCCAGUUCCUCAGCCCCAGAUCCAGAAAAACAUUGUCACCGAGCAGUAUUCUUCCACCACUCUCCCAGCCAUGCACCUCAGAGAAAAUGUCGUUGUUCCCAGUCCUGCAUAUGUCAUCCAACAGCCUGUCUAUUACACUACCACCCCAGCGGUUCAACCCACUCGGUACAUUGUGGAGCCGCAGGUCCACAACACCGUGCUCUUCUCAGAAAGGCCAGCUGCUCCUAAUGUGCAGGGUGUGCUGCUGAUGAAUGAAGGCUCAGGCUCUGAGAAGGUCCUGGUACAGGAGAACAGAGUUGUGUCUGGAUCUGCUGUGCAGGGCGGAGUGCUGGGUUACCUCCAUGGCACCUUGAACAGGAGUGAAAUCCCAGGCUCUCAGAAUGUGGUGUUAGUGGAGAGGAAGGCUGGGUCAGGGCAGUAUAUGCAGGAGGGGUUUACUGGAUCUAAUCAAGGAACCUUGCACAGGGUUGGACUGCCAGGGUCACAGAAUGUAAUGUUAGUGGANAGGAAGGCUGGAUCAGGGCAGUUUGUACAGGAGGGGAUUACUGGAUCUAAUCAAGGAACCUUGCACAGGGUUGGACUGCCAGGGUCACAGAAUGUGGUGUUUGUGGAGAAGAAGGCUGGAUCAGGGCAGUUUGUGCAGGAGGGGAUUUCUGGGGCUAAUCAAGGAUCCAUGCACAGUGUUGGACUGCCUGGCUCGCAGAAUUUAGUAUAUAGAGAAAAAACAGUAUCGUCUAGCUCAGGUGCACAAGGUGGAAUGAUGAAUGGAGGUUCCUUUUACAUGAGUGAUCUGCCUGGCUCUCAAAAAGUAAUUAUGAAAGAGAAAAUUGAUUCUCGGUAAUGUGUGCAGAGUAUCAACUCUGGGUAAGAGAAUAAUACCUUCUGAAUGUAACCAACACGCUUUCUGUAAGCUAUUUCAGUUCUUUAUUUUCAUUAAUUGUAAAUUAAUGGUCUGACUUUUAUAAAACACUUUCAGAUCCAUUUAAUUUUACAACUACAAAGUUCCGUUUACAAUCAAUUAUUACUGGAAUCAUGUGCAUUCCACAUUUAAUGCUAAAAGGGCUGUUUGAUAUUUUAGUGUAUGAAAAAAUCAGAGAAGAUAACUAUAUACUCCAAUGAAUGUCUGUUUGUGAAGGGAUGCGUUUCUGAGAGUUUUAUCAAUGUUAAGAAUACAAUGUACUUUUCUCAGAAUGCCAGACUAUAAUAGUCAUAGGAAGUAACUAUAUAUGUCUUCAAAAUAUUUUCAUAUGGGGAUGUUGUGUUGCAUAAGAAAAGUAAUAUGUCACUUUAUUUCUGAGUGUUCUUUGCGAAUGCUUAUUGAUGGGGAAAAACUGCUAUUUUAGAAAAUGCUAAUGUAAAUAGUGUGCAAUGUUUCUAAGAGGCUUAACAUUUUUUUUUUAAAACAUAUACUAUAAUCAGUCAGUGAUGAAAAUCCACAAUAAGAUAUGUCAAACACUUUGUCAUUUAAAAAAAAAACAUGAAUUAGACCAGAUUUCACUGAGUAGAUAUACUGCUGGAAACCUGUCUCUGCAUUUUGUUAGAAGACAUUUUUAUUAAGAUCAAGUAGGUAGCUGCAUCAGAAUUCGAAGGCUGCAAAGGAACAAGUAAAGGUUUAUUCCCUGCUGAAAAGAGAAGAAAGGAAACAAUAUUUUGGCUGUGGGGACACCCAAGGAAGGCUUCGCAGCUGAAACGUUGUUUCCUUUCUUCUUUUUAGCAUGGAAUAAACCUAUAUUUUUAAUUAAUUGUGUUACAAUUGUAUAUCAUAUAUAUAUAUACAAGUGGAUAACUAAACUUAGACUUUAAUAAAUCCCAAAAGAAAAAAACAAGCCAGUUAUAAUGUCCUGUAUUUAGAGAAAAUGCAAUUGUAUUUAAAUGUUCUAUUUUCUAAUUACAUAUGUAAAUACAGACACACACUUUUAUUAGUUUUUGCUUAGGGGAAAUUGUACAUUGUUUUUUUUUUUUCCUUUGUGAUAUCAAUAGUCGUGUUGGAAUACAUAGUGUACUGUGUAAAUGGUGGGACAUUUCCUACAUUUUGAUAUUUCAUACUUCAGAGCUGAAUAAAGUUGCAUAAUUAUAUGCAUUAUUAUUUUAUACCGUUUUAUACGAAGAAGUAUAGUUUAAAAAAAAACAUUUGGUGUAUGUUGCUGGUAUGACUACAUUAUUGUGAUCACUGCUAUGUUUGUUUUUGCAAGAAAUAAUUUUUAAAAAAGACGCAUAACAGCUGUACCUUUUCACCAGAUCCUGUCUGUCUUGGACUUACUGCUCAAUAAAAACAGUUUGAACAUUAUAUUCGUUUUGUGGCGUCU